AUGUUUAUACACCCUCGUAGACAGCAUGGUUGGUUUCCAUCACCCGGAGAUCCUUAUUUCCCUAAUCAGGGGAAUAACGGAUGGUUGGAAGAAUCCGAGGAGGAGUCUGAAGAGGAACCCGAGGAAGACUCCGAGGAGGAAUCCGAAGGGGAACCUGAGGCGGAAGCCGAAGGCGGACCUACCGAGCCAGUGGUGGACCAGGAGGAAGAGGAAGCCGAAGGAGGUCUCGAGGAGGAACCCAGCGAAAACGAAGAUGGUGAUUCGGAUGCAGAUUCCGAAGUCAUCAACUCCCGUUAUCCAGUGAGGGUGCCCGCUUAUCGGCUAGGCCCCACUCGUCCUACACCCCCCAGGGAUGCAUACAUAUCAAAGUUUAGCGAGCUGUCAUUAUUGUGCCCUGGCACGGUUACGUCUGAAGGGAAGAAAAUCGAACGAUUCAUCUGGGGGCUGACCUCCCUAAUUCAAGGAAACGUGAUCGCUGCAAAACUUGAAACGUUCGACAGUGCUAAGAGAUUGGCCAAGAAAAUGUACGACCACAACAACAAAAAGGGAGAGAAGCCAGCGGAAAUUGAAGGAAAGAAAGAGAAUGACAACAAGAAAGGAAAUAAUAACAAGAGAAAAGGGCGACAAGGCUCGGAAUCAGCAAAGAAGCAAUAA